GAGAAAAAUAGACGAACGCGUGCGUGAGACUGAUAUUUUCGGUUUGCGGAACAACUUUGUGAUAUGUUCAGUGCACUCGACGAGCUAAAGCAGGAAGUAUGACAAGUGUUAUGGUGGUCCUGGCAGCAUGUUUGCUGUUCUCGCAACUAUCGGAUAGUGGUCAUGCUAUCACUAUCAGCAGUGACAAGAAAGUGGCCGCUAGUGAAAAGGAGAGGAAUACAGAAAGUUUAACGUUCUCCGCAAACGGUGAAGAUCAACUCAUAUUCACCGAUAAGACGUUCCAAGUUCGUAAUGAAGGAUCUCAGGGAGUAGCGAGCCCUAUCAGAAGAGCCAGUGACGUGAAAGAUGCAAGUGAAUUUUUUGAAUCUGGCUGGCGACCCAUGUACAGCUUUAAUUUGGAACAAACUCCGGGAAAAAUAUCAGAUCAACUUCCUCAGGAAGCUGCACAUCAGCCGACCGUGGUUGCAGAGCCAUGGAAUAGAACAACAAGAUUCUUUCGUUUCUCGGAAUCGGAUAUCAUGAACAGUCCUGUCGUUGCCCAAGUUGAAAAAAUUAGUGAACCAUCAUCAAACGUGAUUAGAUUCAAGGACAUUUCCUCGGAAGAAGAACUGUCCUACGAGGAAACCUCUGAGCAGUUCAACGGUGAUGAAAUCAAUCUAGCUUUACGUUCGGAGAUUACACCCAGAAUGCUGAAAUUCGAAGAGAACGAUCGCAUGAUGUUUGAAGAUGAUUCGCCGAAAGUAUUGAAAUUUCCCAAUGGAUCGGCUAGAUCUCAACCAGAAGUGUCAGAAUCAGCGGCUCCAACAAACUACGCAGUAUAUUUGAUAGAAAAAAUGCUGAACAAUGCAACUGGAUUUUUCGAUUCUGAAGAUUCUGUUAGCAAACCAAUACAUGAGGAUGUUCCAAACGAUACUCAACCACGUAUUGUAAAAAUAGAAAGUGAUGUACCUGCUACUGAAGAGACCUCACCCUCGGUCGUUAGAAAUGCUAGUCGCUUUUUCAGAUUUGAGGAAUCAGAUACAGUCCCAGAGAAAACGAGGUUCGAACAAAACCAGCCCAGUACAUUUAAUUUUUUUGAAAACGAUACUCCACGACAAGAAUUCAAAUUUACUAGAAACGAUGAAACUAGAACCCAUGAAACUUUUUACAAUUCUGGAGAGCCAUUUAGAUUCCACGAUACCGACAGUAGACCGCAAGGUUCAUCAUCUUCCCAUAUGCGAUUUGAAGAAACCCCAUCGAAGCCACUAAGAUUCUUCAAGGACGCACCUACUCGGUCACAACUCCCGGAAGAUCAGUUCUACACUGUAAAAGCCACAAUUCAAAUUGAAGGAGCGAAUAACCCUUCCAUUACUCCGCCAACCGUUCCCAUACCCGUGACCACAAGAAGACCAAAAAAGAAGAAGGGCAAAAUUUACAACCAACAUGGAAUCGAUAUCCGGAAACAGGACGGAUUCAAUUAUCAACAGCCCUCGGAAUACGACAACUACCUACAGCAGCAGCAACAGCAGUCACCGCAAUAUCAAGCACCUCUCAAUCAAUAUCAAGCAAACUAUCAAAUCCCACCAACUCCGCAAACCGCGCCCGAAACUGCGUACUACCAAAAUCCGAGUUCUGGAAGUCCAGGAACACCAUACCCACCCUUCGACCCAAAUACUUAUUACAUCCAAAACUACCUAGCAAACUAUCCAUAUCCUCAACAGGUCAACGCCUUUAAUCAGCAACCGGUUGCCGAUGCGAGUGCUUCGUACCCUUCCGUAUACCCCCAACAAGCGAAUAACGUUCCAACUAAUCUUAUCAACGGCGGCCAAUCCGAUAGCCCCAUAAGUCCCCAAAGUAUUUUCGGUUUCCUACAGAGCAUAUUCAACUUUGCCCCUGGCACAGUUGGCAACUACCCUGCUGCACCAUCCAGUCACGGUGGCACCGCUGCAGCUCCUGGUUCCGGUUCUGCCUCUCCCAUCAUGGCCGUCAGUACCCAACUACGGAAGGCCCUGGAUAACAUCGCCGGCAAUGACGAACUCCAGUGUGUGCCAAAACUAAUCUGCAUGAUGUCCCGACGAACCAGCGGACAAGGGUUCAGUACCUACGUUAAUCGGGGAUUGCUGAGCACAUUACUGAGUGCCGUUCCCGACAGCUCACCGUGGCUCAAAUUCUCCCGAGCAGCUCUACUCGGGUACGGAAUUGGAGCCAACAGCUGUGACGUGUACUAUCCCAAGUGUCCCAAGGACGAAUCGGAGAUCAUUCACUACCUGAACAACCAUCGCGGAGGUUUCUUCCGCUUCUUCAACGAUGACCACACAAACUCGAACAGCGGUUGAAGGUCGUGCCAAA